AUGUGUGACAGGAUAGUGCACCUGUGUCGCCGGCGCAGUGAUGGGGCUUUUGUGAUCCUGAAGGAGAUCCCAGUAGAGCAGAUGUCCCGUGAUGAACGCCUUGCUGCCCAGAACGAGUGCCAGGUGCUGAAGCUGCUCAACCACCCCAACAUCAUAGAGUACUAUGAGAACUUCCUGGAGGACAAGGCUCUGAUGAUUGCUAUGGAAUAUGCACCAGGUGGAACCCUAGCCGACUACAUUCAGAAGCGCUGUAACUCCCUGCUGGAUGAGGACACCAUCCUGCACUUCUUUGUCCAAAUUCUGCUGGCCCUGUACCACGUGCACAAUAAGCUCAUCCUACACCGCGACCUGAAGACCCAGAACAUUCUGCUUGACAAGCAUCAAAUGAUCGUCAAAAUAGGCGACUUUGGAAUCUCCAAAAUCCUAGUCAGCAAGAGCAAAGCCUACACUGUGGUGGGGACCCCAUGCUACAUCUCUCCAGAGCUGUGUGAGGGGAAGCCCUACAACCAGAAGAGUGAUAUCUGGGCCCUGGGCUGUGUUCUAUAUGAGCUAGCCAGCCUCAAGAGAGCUUUCGAGGCUGCUAACCUACCUGCCCUAGUGUUGAAGAUCAUGAGCGGUACCUUUGCCCCAAUCUCAGACCGGUACAGUACAGAACUCAGGCAGCUCAUCAUGAACAUGCUCAAUCUGGACCCGUCCAAACGCCCACAGCUCAAUGAGAUCAUGGCCCACCCUGUUUGCAUCAGACCCCUGCUAAACCUCUACACUGAUAUAGGCAACGUCAAAAUGCGCAGAAUUGAGAAACCACUGUCCACCGUACAGUCAGGGGGUCAUGGUAGACAAGGAGGGCGAAUGACCGGCACAAGGUCCUUCAGAGAUGGACGGAUGGGAACAGGAAAGUUGCACUCCUUCCCCCUGUCAUCAGUGUACACAUGGGGCAGUGGAAUCUCUGCGCCUCUGCGUCUACCCAUGCUCAACACAGAGGUGCUGCAGGUGGCCCUGGGACGUACACAGAAGAUGGGUGUCACCAAGUCAGGCCGACUCAUCACCUGGGAGGCUCCGUCAGUAGGAUCUGGUGAGCCCACUCUGCCUGGUGCAGUAGAACAGAUGCAGCCACAGUUCAUCUCUCGCUUCCUGGAGGGCCAGUCUGGAGUCACCAUCAAGUCUGUGUCCUGUGGGGAUCUCUUCACCACCUGUAUGACAGACCGAGGUAUUAUUAUGACAUUUGGAAGUGGAAGCAAUGGCUGUCUCGGACAUGGAAAUUUUAAUGACGUAACACAGCCCAAGAUUGUAGAGGCCUUACUCGGAUACGAGCUGGUCCAGGUGUCAUGUGGUGCUUCCCAUGUGCUUGCUGUGACCAAUGACAGAGAAGUAUUCUCCUGGGGAAGAGGAGACAAUGGUCGCCUGGGGCUGGGCACCCAGGACUCCCACAACUCUCCCCAGCAGGUGUGUGUGCCAGGGAAGUUUGAGGCCCACAGGGUGCUGUGUGGAGUGGAUUGCUCCAUGGUUAUCAGCACCCAGAACAGCAUUCUGGCCUGUGGCAGCAACAGGUUCAACAAGCUGGGGUUGGAUAAGAUUAAUGCUGCAGAGGAGCCAGCCCCCUGUGACCAGAUUGAAGAAGUCUACUUAUUCAGUCCUGUCCAAUCAGCACCUCUGAAUGUGGACAAGGUUGUUUACAUUGACAUUGGAACAGCCCACUCUGUUGCUGUCACAGAGAAGGGUCAGUGUUUCACAUUUGGCAGUAACCAGCAUGGUCAGCUGGGCUGUAGCUCCCGCCGGACCAGUCGUGUGCCAUACCCGGUGCCGGGCCUUCAGGGCAUCACCAUGGCAGCCUGUGGGGAUGCAUUCACUCUGGCAAUUGGAUCAGAAGGGGAGGUGUAUACCUGGGGAAAGGGGGCCCGUGGCCGCCUCGGAAGAAAAGAGGAGGAUUCUGGGAUACCGAAGGCAGUGCAGCUCGACGAGAGUCACCCGUUCACGGUGACGUCAGUGGCAUGUUGUCAUGGCAACACUCUGCUGGCAGUGAAACCUUUGCUUGAGGAGCCAGUCCCCAGAUGAUACAGCUCUGAAAACCAUCCCACCACCGUCCACCCCUUCAGUAGCUGUCAGGAGAGAAACAGUGGCACAAGGUGAAGGACUGCUAGCCUCCUCUGAAUAACCUCUUCCAGUGGCCUGUCGUUUACUAAGUUGUUGGAGGAUUCCUGCACAUCUUAGUUUCAGUUGCCCUGUCUCAAGUCAGUUUAUAUUUUUUAAAUAUUAUGUUUUUCAUACAGUAUUAUGUAAAUGGUGGGGCUUUAUUAAUGGCACAAUUUAUGGAACAAAUGCAAAACAAUCCUAUUUAGCUUCCUGAGCUUAUGUAGCUGGUAGCUAAUAGAAUGCUUUACCAAAAGUAUUGGAGUGAAAUUGCAGGAAUUGGGGAGCUGUCCUGCUGUAAAGUUUUGUCCUCUCUCAACAGUGAGGUUAGCAUAAUAAAAUACACAGUUCGAGGAUGUCUAACUGGUUUGGUAGCUUUAUUUACCCAGUAUUGAGGUAGAUAAAACAAUGUGUGUAAAGAAGGAAGGCUGCUCGUUUAGGACUGCCACUACCGUGUGAGCCUACUAACUGAAUUGUCAGUCAAAUGAAGCAAGCGAGUACGGCACUUCAAAUCUUGAGCACGUUAUCUGUGUGCUUUUAGGAUUAGUCCUUAUCAAUUGGUUUAGAAAGUUUUUCAUUCACAAUAACAGAUUGUGUGUUUAGUAUCAUAGUAAGGUACUUUUAGACAACACAUGAACAGUGACAUUUUCUUUAAGACGGUUGACUAUUGUAAAUGCAUUUCAAGUCACAUAGACCUUUCAACCCUCAAGAGUUCAAAGAUUGUUUAAGAUGUUGUAUGUAUAAGUGCCACUAACAGCAUGGUACAGGUGUGAGAGACACAUUAAGAGUCAAUAUUGGCUCUUCAGCUGUGUGUGUGUCGUAGGCAUGAGCCAGUUUGAUAUGAUGUGCUUAAUUAGAACCCUUGAUGCAUCCCAAAUGGCACCCUAUUCUCUACAUAGUGCACUACUUAUGGGC